CAACAACAACAACAACAAAUCGGAAAACAGCAACAACAAUAACAGCUAAUACAACAACCAAAACGUUACGAAUGAUGACGAUGGCAACAACAAAGACCAGCAGUUGGGUAUGCUGUUGCUUCUGGUUAUUACUCAUGCAUCAAACAAUUACAAUCGUAAUCACCUGCAGAGUCUCAGAAUUUCCCUGCAAGGGCAGUACCACAAUUUGCGUGCCACUGGAUAAAUAUUGUGAUGGCAAAGCUGAUUGUGAGGAUGGCAGUGAUGAACCGAGACAUUGUACAGUUUGCAAUCGCACUUAUUACGGUGACAUUGGCAGAACAUACUCCAUAAAGGUGCCAACGCCACAAUGGAAUAAAUUGCCGUUUCUUUGUCACUUGACAUUCACAGCAUCCGGACAUGAUCAAGGUGACAUUGUUCAGAUAAUAUUCGAUAGUUUUACGGUUGGGCGCUUUGAUGAGGGUAUGGUCGAUACCGAUGUGGAUGGUUAUGAAACUAGUUUAAGUCCCACUGGAGAAUUGCCAGGAUGUCCAGAAGGAUUUAUGCAGCUUAGCGAACUGGGACGUCCAUUCACUGGCGGCUCAUGGUGUGGCAAAGCCACUGGACCGCAAUUGUAUUUUAGUGAAACAUCAACGGUGACAGCUUCAGUUAAGGUAUUUCAUCCACCGAGAAACCUGCAAGAGGAAAAACCAUUUGAAUUCAGUAUAAGAUAUAAAUUUAUAAGUCAGUCGGAUGCUGUUGUCAGGUAUGGCCUACCGGACAAGCCACUUGAAUUGGGACGAGUAACGCCCGGUACUUACUGUACGCGGCAAUUUGAUGAAUGCUAUCGCAACAAAUGCCGUUUACAAAGUCCAAAUUAUCCAGGAAUGUAUCCCAGAAAUGUAACCUGUUAUUGGACGAUACGACAGAAAGAAGUUCCUACCAGUAAACAUGCCAUGAUAGCUGUGAGCCAAGAAAAUCAACAUAAAGCAUUAGUUAAGAGGUCGAUUGCUAGUUUUAAUAAAACCUCACGUUCAAUACGUGCUUGGUCCGAUUGCACUGGUGAACGUGAUCAUUUAAUAUUCUAUGAUGGUAGUUCAACAAAUGAUCCAGUAUUGGCAAAAUACUGUGGCGGUGAUUGGCUACCACGUGUGGUAUCGCGCGGUCCCGAGAUGUUAGUGGCUUUUCAUUCGAGUCCAUUUUCGGCGCCCCUACAACAAGGUAUUCCGAAUCGUGGCUUCGAAUUGGAUGUCGAUAUAUUAUUUACCGAUUCCGAUUCAUACGAUUUCGCGCAAGGAUCGAAAAAUAUAUGCGAAUUUCAUAUAAAUGCUACCAAUCCAGAUGAUGUCUUAUUUUCACGUCGAGGCCGUAUGGGCCGUAUAGUUAGUCCACGUCAUACAUUACCGCCAAAUACAACAUGCACAUACCAUUUCCAUGGUUAUCCAGGCGACCUAAUUUGGUUAUCAUUCACCAGCUACAAUUUGCAAAUACUACAACAAGCUAUACACGACAACAACACGUUAGGAAGGGCUGAUCUUCCACCUUGGAUAACACGUUUACGCAUGUGGGAUAGUUAUGGUACGUAUGUGCCGAUUAAAACAACAACCGGUCAACCGCCGCCACCACCUCCACCUCCCGUUGCAUCAUCGCCCGAUGGCGGUAAGACAACAACUGUCGAUCAAACUAAUUAUGGCAACUACUAUUAUAGCCCGCAAAAUCCCAAAUUGGGCAAAAAUCUACGUGUUAACAUAGAUAAUGCCUGGAAUCCUGUCGACACAUACGUUUAUGGUCCAACCCAAUCAAGCAUAUUUAAUCAGGAGAAUAAAUACAGCGGCUAUCAGAUGGGCGGUGGCGGCAAACAGCCAAGCGGUAAUGGCAUAUCAUCCGUUAAAGAUACCUUAAAUUACAUUUCAAGUAAAAAUUUCAAGGAAACAGCACAUGUUGGUGCUGGUGGCAGUGGUGGCAGCGGUGUUGGAGAGAAAAACCCUAUAGCGUUGAUGAGUACGAAGGGUAAACGACGUCUAAUGCUGGAAAUUUACGAUUAUGAAACACCGAAAUUGUGCGAUCAUACCGCCGUCAGCAAUCACGGCAACACAAUCGGUUAUAACAGAUUAAGGCCAUGUAGUCCAUUGGAAAGUUACGUUAGUUCGGGCAGAGAUUUGAAACUCGAAUUUCAUACGCAUACCGGUACCGCCCUUUUUCCAGCACAAUUCUCAUUGAAUUAUGAAUUUGUCGAUACCGAGCAAGGUGGUGAACCUUGGCCGGGUCGUCGUGGUGAGGAACCAAUACCGCCGCUUUGUUCACGUGUAUUUCGUAAGCGAAAAGGCAAUGUACAAGUUCCGCGAAACGUUUUCCUUUUCGGACGAGGAGGUGCCAAAAAUCUUACCUGCUUAUAUCGUUUCGAGGCAGGACCAUCGGAACGAGUGCGUUUGGUGUUGCAUAAUGUCUCCUUUGGAGACGGCACUACUUGCACCACAGACAAUGAUCUGCACACCGGUCGGCCGAAAUGCAAUCAAUUGGAUCCCGAGGGUAGAAUAACAGAAUUAAAACUAUACGAUGUACCCUUUCGUGACGUGAAAAUACAAUUGGGUUGUUUUUGUGAUAAUUCAAGUGUCCUGUAUAGUAAUGCUCCAUUGACGUUUGUCUCCAACUCACGCAUAAUGGAAUUAACCUUUACCGUCAGUAAAUUAAAUAUAUCGGAGGAUUUUGCAGAUGUUUACUUCUUCGCUUCGUACGAGUUUAAGAGAGUAAGUGAAUGCCGAAAACGAUUAAAAUUGAAAGGAGCGGGAGGAGAAGAUGAAAUCAAAUAUCCAAUGAAAUCGCAAGACUCCAGUUGUGAGGGUUUAUCGUGGUAUAUCGAAGCUCAAACACUUGACAAGUCGUUGUUCGUGCAAACAUGGGGUUCAUAUUUACCAGUGGAUCCCACUUCAGAAGAUGCUAUGAGAUGUCACACUAAAAAUCGCUUAAUGAUUUAUUCGGGUCGUCCCUUGAGACCAAUGCGGGUCGUAUGCCCUGCUCAGAGUGGACCACGUCCCACCUCUCUCCAUAUAUUCUCCGAGGACUGGACGAACGGCCAACCAAUAUUUACCAACAAACCUGUCAGUUUAGUGUUGGAGCCGAUACUUAAAGAACCAGGUGAUAUAGCAUUUACGUGGCUGGAAAUAUAUCGCACUAAAAAUGCUUUGUUGCAACAAUUUGAUUUACAAAUGAACAACAGCAGUACCGCAGUAACCACCAGUGGUGGUGGUAGUGGUGCUGUCACUCCUGGUAUUGGUGGUAGUAGUGUUAGUGGUGGGCCUAGCAAUGAUACACUAAAUGAAUUUGGAUUUUAUCCAAAAGAGUCAGAUUGUGAAUAUAAAUGUCCUGAAAUUGAUGCUUGCAUAGCUGCCAGCCUGUGGUGCGAUGGCCACCAUAACUGUCCAUCAGGUUUUGAUGAGUCCGAAGAAGAAUGCGGCACAGCCCGAAAAUUGCUUGAAUUGCCUGGUGGUGUUUUUGCGGCUUUAGGCUGCAUAGCAGCCGCUGUUACCGCCUGCCUGAUAUUUUGCAUAUUCGGUUUGCUGAGAAAGCGAAAAAAAACUGUUCUACAAAAAUCAAUCAUUAAUGGUGGCAGUACACUGAAAAAGGACUUUAAAAAAGAAUCUCUUUUCAUUGACCCGGCCUCCUGACACGGGCUACAGCCGGUCGAAUACAUACACGUUGACCGGGAGACCACAGUGUGAUAUGUUGUCAAAAGCUGGCUACCAAGAUGAAGAGUUAUUUUAUUGAAACUCUCUAUUCAAAAACUCAUAAAAGAUAUGAAAAUAUUUUUACCAAAAAAACUCCUUGCACAACAAUUUUACACAACGCACAGUGACCGAUGAGGCCAUAACAGCGGCGCAUGUGCAAGAUGUACAAUAUAUAUUAAUAAUGUAUGUACCAAGUAACAAACGUGAGAAAAGUGGAAAGUUUUCUACCGCUAAAUAUAGUAAAAAUGUAAUAGAGUAAAAAUGUGUUAUACUAAAUAGUAAGUGAAAAAAAAAGUUUUUCUAAACGCUUACGUUUUUGUUUAUAAAAAUUUUUACUUUAAAAUAUAUAGUAUUAUUUAAGAUUUCAUUCAAGUUUUAUUAUAGAAACCAAAGAGAAUCAAUCAACAAAGUCACUGCCUUAAAUAAAUCAUUUCUCUCUCAUUAAAUUGUGAUUUUUUGUUGCUGUUUUAAGUUAUUGUAAACAAUUUUUUC